AUGAGAUUGGUUGACAUUUUAUUCGUACUGACUGCGGCAACAACCGUUAAUGCAAUACUGAUCCAGACUGAUAACGAUGGUUCACCCAAAGCAUCAGUCACUUCCAGUCAAGCGUUUGGUCCGACUGAUAAGCCCAGUCCAGAGAUUCCUAACGAAGACUGGAAAAGUAUAGUGGAUGCAAUUAAUUCAAGCAUUUUCAGUCAAGACUGGCAAGACCCAAUUGAUGAGCCCAGUUCAAGUAUUUCAAGCCAAGAUCAGCAACAACCAAUGGACCAACCCAUUCCAAACACUUCUGAUGAAUAUUGGAAAUCCAUAAUGAAUGAAAUCCGUUUAACCACUCCUGAAGACUGGAAAGAAAUAGUUGAUGCAGUCAAUUCACAAAUCUAUGACCAAGACCAGCAACAAACAAUUGAUGUAGUUGAUCCAAGUACUUCCAAACAAGGUCGAAAACGACCAAUGGACCAACCCAGUCCAAACACUCCUAAACGAAGUCGAAAACGACCAAUUGAUGUAGUUGAUCCAAACACUCCUAAACGAGGUCGGAAACGGCCAGCUGAUCAACCCAGUCCAAGCACUUCCAGACAAGACCAGCAACAACCAAUAAACGAAGGCGAGUCUGCCAAUACUGUUCCAAAUCAAGUGACUGUAUUAAGCCAAAGAUAUCAGAGAACCUUUAAUCGUAUAAAGAAAAGACUUGUAACAUCUAAAGAAAUACAAAAGAAAAAAUGGAAAGAAUAUCGUGAAUAUGCAGACCUCAAAUUCAGUCAGCAGUUAGCGUUAGCAAUGGGCAAAGAAAUAUCUGAACCAAUGCACAAUCCAGAGGUUGAAAAGCGAUUGAAAGAAGAGUAUGAAAAGGCAAGGAGAAAAAUAUACGCUAUCAGACGAAAUUUGAAAAACUAUAUGGCAAAGCAUGGUUUAGAAUCUCAAGAGCCGAAAGUAGAUUCAGAUUGA